AUGUUUGCUGUAGUGGGAGAGAAAGAAAUACAAAGAUUAAUAGAUGAAAAGGAAUCGAAAAGCACGCAAAGGACGAUAAAAAGGUCUGUCAACUUAUUUCGUUCGUUCUUGAGCCAGAGGAGUCAAAGUACUGAGUUCGAGAGUUUCAGUAAACAGGAGCUUAACGAAAAUCAGAGAUUGUUUUACGUCGCCAUUCGAACAAAGUCGGGAAGUAGUUUGAAAGUAAGCUCACUGAACAGUAUAAGGUACGGACUCGCCAAAUUCAUAAAGGAUUCAUGCCAAGUAGAUAUUUUGACUGACCCGGAAUUCAGUGAAUCGAAGAAGGUGUUUAAAGCAACCCUAACUGACAUGAAGAAAAAGGGAUUUGGUUCCGUUGAUCACAAGCCAGCGAUUUCUUCGGAGGAUUUGAAACAACUUUACGAGCCCAACAACACCGUUUUUAAUACCGAAACACCCUGUGGUCUCCAAAAUAAGGUGUGGUUUGACUUGAUGUUUUACUUAUGUCGCAGAGGCCGUGAGAACUUAAGGAAUAUGACCAAAAGUACUUUCUCAACUGACAUAGAUGCUUGUGGACGAGAAUUUGUGUUCCAAGCCAUAGAUGAAGCUGAUAAAAACCACAGAUCUAGUGCACCGGAUGAGACAGUUGGAGAGGCGAGGAUGUAUUCCCAGCCAGGAAAUGUUCAGUGUCCAGUUACUUCUUUCAAAAAGUAUCUGAAUAAACUACAUCCUGAAAUUGAUGCACUUUGGCAGCGACCCUUGAAUUCAUUUGACGAAAACAGUUCUGUAUGGUACUGUAAAUCUCCUUUGGGGAAAAACAUUCUUUCCAACAUGAUGCCUGAAAUUUCUAAACUUGGAAAGUUAUGGAGGAUUUAUACCAAUCACUCAAUUCGGGCCACUGUCAUCACAGCGUUAGACAACGCAGGCGUGGAAGCAAGGCACAUCAUGCGCGCCUCUGGCCACAAAAAUGAGGCUUCCAUUCGUAGUUAUGCUUGUCGCCUAAAUGAUACUAAAAAGAGAGAAAUGUCUGAAUGCCUUGGUGGAAUACUUGGAAGUCAAUCACGCUCAAAUUCUGAUGCCAAUACUGUCUCUACAGCUACCGGUAUUGUAGGAACAAGUCUUAAGGAAAACGAGUUUCCUGAAAUAACACCUGAAGAAUUAGAUUCUAUUUUCAGUGAUUCCACUUUUGACGAACUUUCUCACAGUGUUGUUAGCAGUGAAAAUGUUCCAAAUGCUCAGCCUCUAAGUGUGUUGAAUCUUAAUGCAAUACCCACAAGCUUAUCUACUAGUACAGGGUUUCAUGUUUACCCAACAAUGAAUAACUGUGUUGUGAACUUUAAUUUUGGUCCCCAAAAGUGAAAUGUGAUUUGUUGAAUUAU